AUGGCAGCGCUUCGCCCCAAAGGACCCUUAGUCUCAUUCGCUCCGGCCCUACUGCCAUCGAGCAAAACAAUCCCAGGCCGAACCAUUUCCCUGGAGAAACUUGACCUCAAACAUGCAAAUGACCUCUUCGCCCUCACCGGCGGCGAUGAAUCAACCCCCAAUGCACCACUCUGGGACUACAUGUUCGACGGACCAUACGGCGACGCAGACAAAUUCAAAGACAGUAUUGCCACAAAGUCAGCCUCCAUCGAUCCAUUCUUCUUUGCAGUAAUCGACAAGCGAAAGGCCCUUCCAACAUUCGGAAAGGCAAUCGGUUAUCUAUCAUUGAUGCGAAUCGUGCCGGAUCACUUUUGCAUUGAAGUCGGGAAUGUCAUGUACUCAUCUGCUCUUCAGCGGACGACCGGUGCUACAGAGGCUGUCUAUCUUAUUGCUCAAUAUGCAUUCCAUGAACUUGGUUAUAGGCGACUGGAGUGGAAAUUAAACGCAUUGAAUGGCCCGUCGCACCGGGCUGCUUCGCGUUUGGGAUUCACUUACGAGGGGACUUUUCGCCAGCAUAUGAUUGUGAAGGGCAGGAGUCGAGAUACUGCAUGGUUUUCCAUGUUGAAGGAUGAUUGGGAUACGACUUUGAAGAGUGCGCUUGAGAAGUGGUUGGAUGAGAAGAACUUCAAUGAGGAUGGUAGUCAGGUUAAGAGUUUGCAGGAAUUGAGGAGUGAGACUGCAUAG